GCAGAAGGUGCUCUGUCGCUCACAAUGACUGAUUCUUUGUAUCCCAACAACCUCAUCGAGUCCCUUGACCACCAGUCUGACUCCAAUGAUAUCUUUACUAUUGAGCCUGUUCAGUUGCAGUUUGAAAUCGCCAACUUGGUCUCUUUAAAAGUCGCCAACAACAUCCUAGUGUUCGCCUUGAAAAAUGGCAAGAUCUGUCGUAUUGAUUUGAACCAACCCCAAAAUGUCGAUGAGAUCCAAUUGUUUGAAAACGACAAAGCAAACGACUCAAAGGCAAAAGCAAAAUCAAUUGCUCAGAACAACAACUCAAAGAAUAUAAACAAGAUUAACAACAUUUUCCUAGAUCCGAGUGGUAACCAUUUAAUUGUUUCAACCACAAAAAACGAUAACUAUUACUUGAACUCAACCACCUUGAAACCAAAAAUUCUAAACAAAUUUAAAGGUGUAGAUAUAUCAUAUAUUGCUUGGUGUCCCAUCAAACUAACCAAAACAACUGCCGCUAACUUUUUAAUUGGCACUAGAAGUGGGCUAAUCUUAGAAUCAACUUUAGAAUACUCCGACGAAUAUUUCAAGAAAGAUGAUAGAUUUCUUAAAACUGUCUGGAAAAAUCCCAAAGUUUCAAUCUCAAAUCCUUCCUCUAAUCCUCUAAAUAUUAAAUCUAAUAUAAUUGGCACUAAUAACAACAUUACAAAUAACAAAAACAAUACUAAUAAUAACUUGAAUUCAAAACUAAAACCAAUUGACGGAAUAUCAAUUAAAUAUCUUAAAAAUUUCAAUAAAUUCAUUGUAAUAAUAACCACUGGCGAUGAUAUCUUCUAUUAUAACUAUAAAUCUCCCUUUAACAAUCUCAACAACUUGAGUUUAAAUCAAUCCAUUUUCCAGAACUUUUUCAAAAAUGAACCUUCUGAUUACGAGAGAUUCGAGGACUUGGGUUUAAUUAAUGGUAACAAAUUUACUUCAAAUUUCUCUUCUUACUCAUGGGUUACUAACACUGGAAUCGUUUAUGGUUUAAUAGAUCCUUUUGAAAAUUUAUCAAGCUUAUCAAGUUUAUCAAAUUUUUCUUCAUCUUUAUUGUCCUAUGAUGAUCAUUCCAAUUUUAAUACCUCUACAAAUAACCACCCAGCAAUCUCAAAUUUCUCCUCCUCCCCAUUAGCUAUCAAUCUACCCUCCAAUUUCCAAAAUAAUAUCAAAAAUAACCUUUUAUCCACAAACAAAUUCUUCAAUAACUCAAAAAUAUUGCUAAAUAUCGAAUUGCCUAAAAAUAAACACAAGUUUAAAUCUCUUUUACUAUCAAAAUAUCAUCUCAUCCUAUUAAGAGAUAAAGAAAUCCUCAUUAUUAACCAAAUAAACGAUCAAUUGGUCUCCCAUAAGCAAUUGCCAAUUUUAACUGAUAAUGAAAGAUUUAUUGGUUUAUCUGCUGACUAUUAUAAUCUACAAUCAAACUCAAUAACUUACUGGCUAUACUCAAACUAUAACAUCUACGAAAUCGUCAUUAAUAACGAAUCAAAAAAUAUCUGGAAAAAUUACCUAGAAAUAAAUGAAUUUGAUAAAGCGUUAAAAUCAAUCAAAGAAACAACAAAUGAUCCAAUUAACAAGGAUAUCAUCUUACUUAAAAAAGGUCAAUAUCUAUUGAAAAAAGAACAAUAUCUUGAUGCUGCAGCAAUUUUAGCUUAUUCAACUGAGCCUUUUGAAUCAAUUACUCUAAAAUUAAUCGAUGAAAACCAAUUUGACGCCCUAAGAAAAUAUCUCAUUAUAAAACUCUCAAUUAUUUCAAAAAAGGAAAAUUAUAUGCAAAAAAUUAUGUUAAGCAGUUGGAUUGUAGAACUAUUUUUAGAAAGACUAAAUUCAAUUGAUGAUUUAAUUGCUUUAAGAAAUAAAGAAUCCAUCUCAAAUUUGAGUCAUGCUCCAAAUGACAAUGAAAUUACAACUGAGGAUUUAGCUUCACCAAGUAAUUUCAUGAAUUCAAAUCCUGAAAAUUCUAUAAGAUUUAAAAAACAUUCAAAACAUAAUAGUAGCAUUUAUUCUUUAGUAAAUUUGUCUCUAAAUGAAUUGGUCAAAACUAAAACAGAUCUUGAAAAAUCUUACCAGAAUUUCUUAGUAGAUAAUAAGGAUAACCUAGAUAAGGAAACAAUUUACCAAAUUAUCACUGCUCAUAACCGUCAAAGCGAGCUCUUGUUUUUUGCUAAUAUUAUUAAUGACUAUGAUUUUAUUCUUAAUUAUUGGAUCAACCUUGAACAAUGGUCAGAAGCCUUGAAAAUUUUAUAUAAAAAAAAUGAUCCCAAAGUAAUUUACAAGUACUCAACUGCUUUAUUGGCAAAUUAUUCAAAAGAAACUGUUGAUAUUUGGAUUCAGUUUCACAAAAUUUUAAAUCCAAUUAAAUUUAUUCCUGCUAUUUUAAGUUACAACAUGAACAAUAAUCAAAAAAUUAAACCAGAAAAUCACCAAGGUUUGCGCUACUUGAAUUUUGUGACAAACACUUUGAAAAAUACUGAUACAAUUAUACAUAAUACUUUAUUGAGUAUUUUAAUUACCUAUCCCGAUGUUCCAUCUUUCAAUCUAUCAAAUACUUUGAAUAAUUCACCUUCUACUAAUUUUUACAACCUUAAUCAAAACAAAACACUUAGUCUUAAACAAUCAAUUGCUUCAAUUAAAGAAACAUCAACUGUGCUUAAUAUUGAAAAUGAAGUGUUUACUUUGAAGUACUUGCAACAAUUUAACGAUGAAAUUUACUAUGACUCAGAUUUUAUCUUAAGAUUAUGUCUUCAAUACAAAAAAAUUCAAAGUGCUAUUCAUAUUUUUUCGAUUUUAGAAAAUUUUCAACAGGCUAUUGAUCUAUCAUUAGAAUACAAUCUAAUCAAACUCGCCCGUAUUAUUGCCGACAGACCAAUCGAUAAUCCUCAUCUUCGAAAAGAAUUAUGGUUAAAAAUAUCCAAAAAAAUGAUUGAAAAAGCAUGUUAUGAGAGUGUUGUCGAUAACUCUAUUCAAAACGUCACAUCAAAAGACAAACCUGAUGCAGAAGAAAUGAUUAACAAAAAUAGCAUAGAAAUACAAAAUCUUUUGAAGUUUUUGUUAUCAAAUUGUGACUUGUUAACAAUAAAAGAUCUAUUGCCUUUAUUUCCUAACUUUUUGGUUAUUGAUACUUUCAAGAAUGAAAUCAUCAAGAAUUUGGAAAAUUACGGCUUGAAAAUGAACCAAUUAAAUCAAUCCAUUAACAACACUCUCAACAUCUCCAAAAAAAUCAAGACAGAAAUCACAAAUUACCAGAAGAGGUUCUCUAUCAUUGAGCCAGGUGAACAAUGUUCAACAUGCAGAUAUCCAUUAAUUAUUAAAAAAUUCUUUGUUUUCCCUUGUCAACACUCGUUUCACGCUGAUUGUCUAAUCAAAAACAUUUUGAGCUCCAAUGAUUAUAAAUUGAAGAAACAAAUUCAAAUGUUACAAAGACAGUAUCAAAACAACAAAAUAUCUACUGUAGGGGAUACUGGAGAAAUGAAUAAGAAAUUCUUGAAAAGUGUUGAGCUUGAAAAGAUUCUAUGCACUAAAUGUAUCUUAUGCAGCGAUAUAAAUAUUGACACUAUUGAUGAUCCUUUUAUCACAACGAAUGAUAAAGUUGCACUGAAAAAUUGGGAAAUUUAGUAUAAAAAGAACAUUUUUAAUUUUAUUAAUAGUUUUUUAUUUCUUUAUUUAAAAGUUUUUCUAGUUUUAAACGUAUUUUUGUCUUCUCUAAUAUACUCUCAAAUGCUUACAAGUUUUCUUUUCGGUUUUAAUCAUUUCA